AUCUUCAGCAGCUUCAGUCACGUGAAAGGCAAAAACAACGAGAAGAGGAAGUGAAGAUCACAAGGAUUGAUGCUUAUUGAGGCUUGCAGGAAUAACACUGCGUCAGGACGCUAUGGGGUCUGCGGUGGAGAGGACUGACGAACUCGUGAAGGAGUAUUUGAUAUACCGUGGUUUUACAAGCACUCUGAAACACCUAGAUGCUGAAAUCAAAGCCGACAGAGAAAAGGGAUUCCGAGUGGAUAAAAUCAUUGACCAGCUCCAACAGUUCGUGCAGAGCUAUGAUCUCGCUGCGCUGCGAGAGUACUGGGGGUACUUGGAUCGCCGCCUCUUCAGCCGACUGGAGGAUAUCUACCGCCCGACUGUGAACAAGCUAAGGACCAGCCUCUUCCGUUACUACCUUGUCUACACGGUGCAGUCUAACCGCCUUGAGAAAACGCAGGAGUUUUUUCAGAAGCAGGCGGUGGAGCUGCAGGGCCAGGCAGAAUGGCGUGAUUGGUUCGUCCUUCCCUUUAUCCCCACCCCUGAGCAGAACCCCACGUUUGCCCCCUACUUCUCCCGCCAGUGGGCUGACACCUUCCUGGUUUCUCUGCACAACUUCCUCAGUGUGCUCUUCCAGUGUAUGCCCCUGCCAGUGCUCCUGAGUUUUGAUGCGGAGGUGCAGAGGAAUGGUGCCAUUCAAGAGGAGAACGAGCUGCUGCGUCAGACGGUGUUUGCAUUGCAGGCUGAACAGCCGCGGCAGAAAAGAGAUGAGGAUGUGGUGCAUCACAAACUGCCCUCUUACGUACAGAACAUGGACCGCCUGGGAGACAGUGAGCUGGAUUUGGUGUCUAGCCAGCGGAGCAUUAGCCUAGCCAGCCAGCCGCGAGGGAGCUCUUUCCUCUCUACGUUCCUCCCUCAAGGAAAGCGGGCACCUGGCAGGACACCCCAGGGAGCUGGGUCCUCGCCAACACAGGCCUCCAUGGGGCGGAGGGACACCACAGCCAGUCAAGCUUUGAAAUCAAAGGAGGCCCUGACAUCUAAGGAUUCAAAGGCAGGGCCAAGUGGAGCAGGAACAAAUGACCAGGCUUCUGGUCACCCUCGACAGAGACGACACCAGGAGCAUGAGAAGGAAAGAAAAGAGCUGCUCUCUAAACCUCCAGCUCAGGGCUUUGAGAAGAGAGGCGAGAGUUCAGAUGCAGAACCACACCCUGAUGACCAGACGGAUUCACCGACCAAUCAAAUGCGGGCCUCUGGGGAGGGGAGUGGUUCGGUGGAACAGCCCUUCAUUAAGCUGAGCCAAGAGGAGUAUGGAGAGCACCACUCUUCCAUCAUGCACUGCAGGGUUGACUGCUCUGGGAGGAGGGUGGCAAGUCUUGAUAUCGAUGGUGUCAUCAAGGUCUGGUCCUUUAACCCCAUAAUGCAAACCAAGGCCACAAUCAUGUCCAAGUCUCCUCUUCUGUCACUGGAAUGGGCCACCAAGCCAGAUAGACUGCUGUUGCUGGGAAGUGGUGUAGGGACAGUGCGACUAUAUGACACAGAAGCCAAGAAGAACCUGUAUGAAAUGACAAUCGAUGACCUGCAUCCAAGGAUCCUCUCCCUGGCCUGCAGCCCCAGUGGGACCUCGUUCGUUUGCUCAGCAGCCGCUCACGGCCCUCGGUCGGGAAGUCUGCCUGACAGCGGGGGGAGAGCCGCGGCCCCCGUCUCCGGACAGCUGCUGCUGUGGGACACCAAGACCGUCAAACAGCAGCUCCAGUUUUCACUUGAGCCUGGGCCAGUGGCAAUAAACUGUACAGCCUUUAACCACAAUGGGAACCUGCUGGUAACGGGAGCAGCAGAUGGCAUAAUUCGCCUGUUUGACAUGCAGCGGUAUGAGAGUGCAAUGAGCUGGAAGGCCCAUGAUGGAGAGGUGUACUCUGUGGAGUUCAGCUAUGAUGAGAACACGGUCUUCAGCAUUGGCGAAGAUGGCAAGUUCAUCCAGUGGAAUAUCCACCGAAGUGGCGUGAAGCAGUCGGAGUAUAACCUGCCCCAGGAUGCCACUGGACCCUUUGUGCUCUCGGGGUACAGUGGGUACAAGCAGGUGCAGGUUCCCCGUGGGCGGCUUUUUGCUUUUGAUUCAGAGGGAAAUCACGUGCUCACCUGCUCCAGCACAGGGGGCCUCAUCUACAGGCUGAAUGAGGGGGAGAGCAGCCUGGCGAGUGUCCUGUCCCUUGGGGGCCACAAAGCACCUGUGGUCACAGUAGACUGGUGCUCUGCCAUGGACUGUGGCACCUGCCUCACUGCCUCUAUGGAUGGAAAGAUCAAGCUGAGUACACUGCUGGCACAGAAAUCGAGCUAAAGACUGUUUAGCAGCAUAAGAACGUAAGCAGUGGGGAAUGGCACCCUUUCUCCCUGCUAUGGCUUGUAGCAUUUUGGCUGCCUUUUUUAUACCUCGACGACUGUGAUGUUUCCUUAUAAAACAUUCCGAGUAUUGCUUUUUGCUGCCUGCUGUAUACUUUUGCAAAUUGUAACUUGCUUUUUGUAUAUAAUGUGGAUAGUUUCAGUGCAUAUUUAAUGUGUGCAUUUAGCAGCGUUUGUAAAUUUAGACUUUAAAUGACCUGGUUGCCUAAAUUAAGCGUAAUUGAGUUAAGCAUAAGUUGUCUUCACACUCUCAAAAAUUCUUUAAGAAAUCCAGGUCUAAUUGCAGUCUUGGUUAGAACAAAGAGAAUGUUUAAGUUUAAGUCUUAAACAUAUGGAUAAUCUUAUUGACCUUGGUCAUAAAUAGUAAAUUCUAGUUGAUUUAAAGCCCAGCAUGGUGUUGCAGAGUAGGAAAUUCCUUGAAAACAAACUCUUAUUAGCAUUAAAUCCUAUCUCUUCUUUAAUUGAGGCUUAAGAGGGACAGCAGGAAAAUCUCUAGCAAACGGCAUAAAACUGAGUUAUGUUACUACAGGAAGAUGGAUCAAAGUACACAGCUGUCAUCCUUCAGAUAAGAUGUUUAAUAGAUGCCCUGAUUACUUACUCAUUAAAGAUCCCUUCACUGUCCAUAAGAGAAGGUUGACUUAGCUAGAUCUGACUCUGGGACAGAACAGUCUAGCCUUCCUAAGAUUCCUCUUUAAUUCAGUUUCUCACUUCUCCGCCUGCUCUGCUUUGUAGUGAUGGUGGCCACACAUCAUGCAAGCAGGUGACGGGCGCUCCCGUAUGGAAAAACACUGGAUAAAUGCAAUUCAUCCUAAUUGCUGCAAUUGUUAACCAUAAACUGCUCCUGAGGUGAGAAACAUGAGUAGAUUCCAUUCUGAUCCCAUCAGUGUUUUCACUAAUUAUAGUUGUUACAGUAUUGCAUUGUUCUUAUCACCUGAAUAAACAGCUGACAUACAUUGCCACUGUCAUUUUAAUUCUUUAUAUUCUCUGCUUUUAAUUUUUUUGUAAAUAUUUAUUUUUUGUAAAUAAUUGCCGAUUGUCUGGCUUAGACUUCUUAGUAUAUCAACUUAGUGCUUACGUUGCCCCUGUAUGAAAUUAACUUUCACUUCAAUAUCAUCCAUCUACACAUUUUAAGUUACCAUUUUAUCCUUAGAAGGUCUUGGUGAUCCAGAGUAAAGCCUGGCAUCUAUAAGGCUGAAGGCGGAACUAUAGUUCAAAGCAUUUAUGCAUUUAUUACACACACAUACGGACGGCAAUUUGGAGAUGGUAGUUAACAUGGAGAGCAUGUCUUUGGAUUACGGAGAGAAACAGGAGAACCUGGAGAAAUCCGAAAAACCACCAGUUUAUAACUACCCCAGUAUCAUAUUAAUCCCAAUGAAGCAUGUGUCAGAGAUGUUUUUCAAGUGGUUUUGGAAUGCCAUUGACAUAAAUGACAUGCCUGACAUGAUCUAGUUAGGAACAGCUUUAUGUUCUUAUGUUCUGAUUAUGAAUGAUAGAAUUAUAUAUUCAGAAUGUGUGCACCCAAAGUUGCUUUAUAGGCAACACACCUUAUUAACGGUAGUUAAACAGUACUUAAAAUUAAAUUUAGAUCAGCUUGCCUUUCACUGACAUCAGCCGGUGGGCACCCAGUAAAAGUGCAGGAAAACCGUAGGCAGUGAGAACCCUAGAUUCUACAUUUUCUUAACCCUCCUUUUAUAUUAAUACAGUAUAUUGCCAAAAUCUCCAUGUCUAUGCAUUAGGUACACGACUAGUAAUAAUUGUAUCUUUUGUGUUUAACAGAGCAACUACAAUAAUUAGUUAUCAAAACAGUGUUAUAAUGAGACAGCAUCUGCCAAGCACAGGAGCAGACUUUAAAUUCUAGAAAUCCUAAUGGAAUAUCUACAUGACAUAGGAGUUUUCCUUUUGAAAGUUUUAGUAACCCGCAAGAGAGACUGCAAAGUCUGUUGAUGGUGUAUUGAAGUAGAAAUAAAAGUCAUCGUUCCAUUGUAAAAUCUGAUAAUACCCAUUAAACAUAAUUCUGGGGGCUCCUGACAGGGCUUAAUGAGUAAAGAUGCUGACUCAGACCACAGGUUGUGCUCUGUGUUUUCAAGGCUGUAAAUCCAAACCUAGGGCAGUUUGAAAAGUGGGAAAGCUUGGGAUUGCUCAUCUUCUCACUGCUUUCCUACACCUUACUGGCUGAUGUGAGUGAAAGGCAAGCUGAUCUUCAAGCCCUUCCUCCACGUUCAUCUGCUGUGGAACCUCCAGUGUUUCAGAUGGAAAAUGGCUGCACAGCUGGUCACGUUGUAGGAGCACAUCUAUGUGCCUGAAGCUCUCUUGAGUAGAUAUAGGAGAUUUUUCUUUUUUUUCCGGGAGCUGAGUACAUUAAAAAUUGUCUUGUGCCUGUUUGGGUGUGUAUAUAAUGAAAAAUAACUAAUGCCAAUUCACAAUUAAAAAAAAUUGCAUUUGUGUUUGUUA